ACUAUAGUCUACUUACCGGUAAUAUACCCUUAUCAUUUCAAAUCCCUAACGGAUACUCUAUCCUCCUCCAUUUCCUCUCAGCGAUUGAUGGCUUCUUUCGGGAUCUCCGGCAAGCGUCACUCGCCGAGAAUCUCCUCGCACAGCAAGGAGAAUCGCGACGGGGCGUCCCUUGACAAGCGACGGCGGAUGGUCGGCAAGGAGGCGACUCCACCGGAUGAAACCAGGACGCGGAAGGUGUUUUCUUCUGUCAACUCUGAUCCAGAUCCCGUCGUUCCCCUUCACCAUUCCGGGAUUGAAUUUUUGUCUCGGGAGGAUGUGGAAAAGUUAUUGGGAGAGGAGAUGAAAGGGAAGAACAAUAGUGAUUUUAAGAUGAUGGAAUACGUUGAGAAGCUCAAGAUUUGCAUUAAAUGGCACAUGGCUCGUGAAGAUGGAUAUUUAGAGGACCAGAAAAAACAACGAAAUUUCAUGGAGGAUGAGGAGAAGAGACACAAUGAUAUUGUGACUCGGUUGAGGGCAAAGAUUGAUGAACUGGAGACCAUGAACAACGAGCCUAAGGCAGAAAAUAGGAAAUUCCUAGAAAAUGAAAGAGAUGCACAAAUCACUUUUGAAAGUCAAGAAGAAAUUAAACCAAAGGAAGUAUUGAACAUAAGAAAGAUAAAGCAUAAGGAACAAUCAAAUGAAGAAUUAAGUUGUCUUAGAAGUGAAUUGCAACAAGUCAAGGAUGAUUGCAAUAAAGCACGAGCAGAAGUGCAGAGCUUGACACUUGUCAUUGCCAAAUAUGAAGAAAUUACUAAAACCCUGGAUAUGAUAACUAUGAAGACAGUUGAUCUUGAGGAAACCUGUGCUUUCCAAAGAACAGAAAUUUUGUCAUUGCAGCAUCAGCUUUCUGCUAAAAAGGAUGAACUUAAGCAAGCUGAUUUGUCAGUCAAUACAAUGACAUCCAAAGUUGAAGAGCAAAAGAUAAUUAUAGAGGAGUUGAAAAAUCAUCUUGUGGAAGGAGAGAAAUUGCUGAAAAAGCAGCAUAAUACCAUAUUGGAACUUAAGGGAAACAUUAGAGUCUUCUGCAGGGUUCGCCCUAUUAUGGCUAAUAAUGAUUCUAGUGGGACAAAUGGAGCAGUGAUUUCAUAUCCCACCUCUGUGGAAUCUUUUGGCCGGGGCAUCGAUUUGACACAUGGUGCCCAAAAACAUUCGUUCACUUUUGAUAAAGUAUUUAGCUAUGAAGCUUCACAAGAAGAUGUGUUUGUUGAAAUCUCUCAGCUAGUGCAGAGUGCAUUUGAUGGGUACAAGGUUUGCAUUUUUGCUUAUGGACAAACUGGUUCUGGAAAAACAUACACUAUGAUGGGAAAUCCAAAUAUACCAGAACAGAAAGGUCUUAUAUCUCGUUCUUUGGAGCAGAUUUUUGAAGCUAGCCAAUCACUUCAAUGUCAGGGUUGGGAAUACAAAAUAAAGGCAUCAAUGUUGGAGAUUUAUAAUGAGACAAUUCGUGAUUUAUUAUCACCAAGUUGUUCAAGCAGCGUGGAGGGGAAACAAUAUUCUAUUAAGCAUGAUGCUAAUGGCAACACAGUUGUUUCUGACCUUACCGUGGUAGAUGUAUGCACAGAGCAGGCUGCACAGAGUCUGCACCAGGCUGCAUGCAACAGAUCACUAGGAAAGACAAACAUGAAUGAGCAGUCCUCAAGAAGUCAUGUCAUUUUCACCUUGAAGAUUGUUGGCACCAAUGAGAGCACCAAAGACCAGGUUCAAGGCAUACUCAACCUGAUAGAUCUUGCUGGAAGUGAGCGUCUAGCAAAAAGUGGUUGCACGGGUGAUCGCCUGAAAGAAACUCAGGCUAUUAACAAAAGUUUGUCCGCGCUGAAUGAUGUGAUUUCUGCGCUUGCAAAUAAAGAAGACCAUGUUCCCUUCAGAAACUCUAAGUUAACUUAUCUUUUGCAGCCUUGCCUUUCUGGAGAUUCUAAGAUACUAAUGUUACUGAACAUUUCGCCUGAGGCAUCCUCAUCUGGAGAAUCCAUUAGCUCACUACGUUUUGCUGCAAGGGUCAACAACUGUGUCAUUGGCAUUCCUCGACGACAUAUCCAGAUGCGGUCACGUUCAGAUUCACGACCCCUCUGAUUGAUAGAUACUCAUUAUCAUUAAUACUUAAUCUCCAUCUGUACUCUAAUAUUCUCUACUGUAAGUUCUGUGAUCUAUCAUCCGUUCUGCGUUGGUCUAAAAAAAGUGAGAUUUGAGAUUGUCAGCAUAUUUUAUUCUGUAGGCAAGAACAGUUUUUAGUUCAAUUCAGAGUUUUAUAUCUUCCAACACACGGGUUGUUGAACUUUGUGAUUCUUAAGCUUGUCGACUUCAACAGUUUGUAUCUCUGACUGGAUUGGAUGAUUAAUAAACAUUUUUUAGUUCAA